AUGCGGGACCCGCGGGGCGCUGUCAGUUCCUGCAGCAGCAGCCGCCGCCGCCCUGCAGCAGCAGCCGCCGCCAGGCCUACAGCAGCAGCCGCCGCCAGGGUCUGCAGCAGCAGCCGCCGCCAGAGCCUGCUGCAGCAGCCGCCGCCAGGGUCUUCAGCAGCAGCCGCCGCCAGGGUCUGCAGCAGCAGCCGCCGCCAGAGCCUGCAGCAGCAGCCGCCGCCAGAGCCUGCAGCAGCAGCCGCCGCCAGAGUCUACAGCAGCAGCCGCCGCCAGAAAGCCGCCCCUGGACCCGGUACGCAUUGUGCUGCCCAUGCCUGUGCUGCCUGUGCCUGUUGCUGCCCGUGCCUGUUGCUGCCCGUGCCUGUGCUGCCCGUGCCUGUGCUGCCCGUGCCUGUGCUGCCCGUGCCUGUGCUGCCCGUGCCUGUGCUGCCCGUGCCUGUUGCUGCCCGUGCCUGUGCUGCCCGUGCCUGUGCUGCCCGUGCCUGUGCUGCCCGUGCCUGUGCUGCCCGUGCCUGUUGCUGCCCGUGCCUGUGCUGCCCGUGCCUGUGCUGCCCGUGCCUGUGCUGCCCGUGCCUGUUGCUGCCCGUGCCUGUGCUGCCCGUGCCUGUGCUGCCCGUGCCUGUGCUGCCCGUGCCUGUGCUGCCCGUGCCUGUGCUGCCCGUGCCUGUGCUGCCCGUGCCUGUGCUGCCCGUGCCUGUGCUGCCCGUGCCUGUGCUGCCCGUGCCUGUUGCUGCCCGUGCCUGUGCUGCCCGUGCCUGUGCUGCCCGUGCCUGUGCUGCCCGUGCCUGUGCUGCCCGUGCCUGUUGCUGCCCGUGCCUGUGCUGCCCGUGCCUGUGCUGCCCGUGCCUGUGCUGCCCGUGCCUGUGCUGCCCGUGCCUGUUGCUGCCCGUGCCUGUGCUGCCCGUGCCUGUGCUGCCCGUGCCUGUGCUGCCCGUGCCUGUGCUGCCCGUGCCUGUUGCUGCCCGUGCCUGUGCUGCCCGUGCCUGUGCUGCCCGUGCCUGUGCUGCCCGUGCCUGUUGCUGCCCGUGCCUGUGCUGCCCGUGCCUGUGCUGCCCGUGCCUGUGCUGCCCGUGCCUGUUGCUGCCCGUGCCUGUGCUGCCCGUGCCUGUGCUGCCCGUGCCUGUGCUGCCCGUGCCUGUGCUGUCUGUGCCUGUUGCUGCCCGUGCCUGUGCUGCCCGUGCCUGUGCUGCCCGUGCCUGUUGCUGCCCGUGCCUGUGCUGCCCGUGCCUGUUGCUGCCCGUGCCUGUGCUGCCCGUGCCUGUGCUGCCCGUGCCUGUGCUGCCCGUGCCCGUGCUGCCCGUGUCUGUUGCUGCCCGUGCCUGUGCUGCCCGUGCCUGUGCUUCCCGUGCCUGUGCUGCCCGUGCCUGUGCUGCCUGUGCCUGUUGCUGCCCGUGCCUGUGCUGCCCGUGCCUGUGCUGCCCGUGCCUGUGCUGCCCGUGCCUGUUGCUGCCCGUGUCUCGUGCUCGCGCCCCCGUGCGCUCUGCUACUGUCUGCGCCCUCGUGCGCACUGUCCCCCCCCCCGUUUGCGGCUAG